UUUUUCCCCAUUUAGUGUUGCCAACAUACAGUAUUUUGUUAUAUGGCCCAUAUAACAAAAUGUGUGACAGGGGCAGGAGGCACCCUUUCGAAAUCUUUGCCGGAUGAAGCGCCCAAGCCUUCCCGGCCAAAACCUUUCCCCUUGUCAAGCCUCCUUGUUUUGUUUCCUUCUGCCAACAGACGGCUGGUCCCCAGGUGAAGUUGUGCGGGCGGCAUUUCUGCGGUUCUAAGAGCAAAAAAAAAGGGUAAUUUUGGAAAGCGGCGGGAGUCGCAAGCCGGUGGUUUCCCCUCUGUGCGUGUGCGAGGGUCGUGUGUUUGAUUCCCUCUCUUCUUCUGCCAUGCUGCCUGCCACCGCCGCCGCCGCCGCCUCCCUUUCUAACCCCGGGAAGCGGCAGCUGUCCGCCUGCCCCAUUGCUGACAUUCCCCCUGCCAAGCAUUCCAGAUCUCUGAGGUAAUGGGCCUGCAAACAGGGAGGGCUGCGCUUUCGUGAUCGCACCGUAUCCUUCCGCAUGGCUGGAGCAAAGGGGAACGCCUCCAAAGGGGGAAAGAAAGAAGGGAAGAGAGUGAGAGAGAAAGAGAAAGAGAGAGAGAGAGAGAGAGAGAGAGGCAAGCAGCCUGCGCGUUGUGGUGUCGCACAGGACUGGCCGCUGGCAAAUAACGACGGGGCGGGGAGAAAGCCUCUCUCUCUCGUCUUGUGCUCCAGCCGUGCCGGGGCUUCCUCUGUCACAGGAAAGCGGCUGGCUGGCUGGCUGAGGGAAACCUCCUUUUGCUGUAAUAUUUCCCCUCCUCCUGCUCCUGCGGCUUCUCUUCUGACUCUUUGCCCAGUGGAAUGAUAUCCACCACACUCCGUUUUUCGUGUUGUUGUUGUUGUUGUCGAGCCAGGAAGUGAGGAAUGUUUGCGCGCUGACUGGACCGACCGACCGACCGACCGACCGGGAGAGGAGAGGAAAGGAGAGCCGAACCGAAGGCGGCGGCUUUCUUCAAGGGUGGGAGAAGGAGCCUCUGUUUCCCCCUCCCUCCGUCUCCGACCGCUUUCCCAACCAUUCCGGGCCCCCCAAAAUCGACACCCACGACAUGGCUCGCUCGGGAGAGCUCUCGAAGCUGCGCUGGGCUUUUUGCAGCUAGAGGAGACCUGAUUCCCUUGGAUUACGGUCCCAGAAUUUUUGUGGAUGCUUCCCUUGCACCAAAGUUGGAAGAAAACCAGCUCGUCUUUAAUGGCUGCUGCCGCUGCUGGUGGUUGAUCAUCUGGAGACUCUACAGCUCUUGACUGUUCACGGGAAGUGAGAUAUUCCCGGAUGUUUUUCAGUGACUUCUUGUGAAUGUUUUAAGAGAGAAAAUGCCUCUCCCUUUUGGGCUGAAGCUGAAACGAACUCGACGCUACACAGUGUCUAGCAAGAGCUGCUUGGUGGCCCGUAUCCAGCUGCUUAACAAUGAGUUUGUGGAGUUCACACUGUCAGUGGAGAGCACCGGGCAGGAAAGUCUGGAGGCUGUGGCGCAGAGGCUUGAACUUCGAGAGAUCAUCUACUUUAGCCUUUGGUAUUUCAACAAGCAGAACCAGCGCCGAUGGGUAGACCUGGAUAAGCCUCUCAAAAAACAACUGGAUAAAUAUGCAUUGGAACCAACUGUAUUCUUUGGGGUGGUGUUUUAUGUGCCUUCUGUCUCUCAACUUCAGCAGGAGAUUACCAGAUAUCAGUAUUAUUUGCAGUUGAAGAAAGAUAUCUUAGAAGGAAACAUUCCUUGCACGUUUGAGCAAGCGAUUCAUCUGGCUGGCUUAGCUGUUCAAGCUGAUUUUGGAGAUUAUGACCAGUAUGAAUCACAGGAAUUUCUGCAGAGAUUUGCCUUGUUUCCUGUGGGUUGGUUGCAAGAUGAGAAGAUCCUGGAGGAAGCAACUCAAAAAGUGGCCUUACUUCACCAAAAGUAUAGAGGUCUCUUGCCACCUGAUGCAGAGAUGCUAUAUAUGCAAGAGGUUGAGCGAAUGGAAGGUUAUGGGGAAGAGAGCUAUCCUGCAAAGGACAGCCAAGGAAGUGAUAUAUUUGUUGGAGCUUGUCUUGAUGGAAUCUUUGUGAAGCACAAAAAUGGUCGGCCUCCUGUCAUAUUUAGGUGGCAUGAUAUCGCUAACAUGUCCCACAACAAAUCCUUUUUCACACUGGAACUGACAAAUAAAGAAGAGACUAUCCAGUUCCAAACUGAAGAUAUGGAAACUGCAAAAUAUGUAUGGCGAAUGUGUGUGGCCAGGCACAAAUUCUAUAGACUAAAUAAAUGCAGCCUAGACUCCCCAGAUUCUCCGCCUGAGGAAGGCUCUCAGAAAUCUUUCCUCAUUCUUUCCCUUCCACGCUUUCCAAUCCUUUCUCGUCCUUCUCUGCCCAAAGGACAAGCUCAGACAGUGACAAUGAAUCCAGUUCGAAGGCGGUCAUCCUCUAGGUUGUCUCUGCAGCCCAAACCACAACCUUUUAUGAUGACACCUGCCCCACCUCAGUUGCACUACAAUGGACACUACGCAGAACCAUAUACAUCUUCACAAGAUAAUCUCUAUGGGAAUAACCAGAAUGGCUAUUAUUGCCACUCUCAGACCAGCUUGGAUAGACCGCCGCACGACUACAAUGGCAGAAUCCGCAACGGCAGCGUCUAUAGCGCUCACAGCACCAGCUCUUUGAAUAAUCCUCAGCACUACCUGCAACCAUCUCCCAUGUCCUCCAACCCGAGCAUUACAGGCAGCGAUGUCCUCAGAUCUGAUUAUGUCCCGUCUCAUCGGCACAGUGCCCUUAUACCACCUUCUUAUCGGCCUACCCCAGAUUAUGAGACUGUCAUGAAGCAUCUUAACCGGGGAAUGAUACAUUCAGACAAGCAGAGUCAUUCCAUGAGAAACCUCAACAUUGGAAAUUCAUAUGCCUACAGUAGGCCUGAUGCCAUGGUUUACAGUCAGCCAGAAAUUCGAGAACAGGGGAAUUAUACCUCCCCGCACUCUGCCCACUAUCCGUUUAAUCUGAACUAUAGUUUCCACAGCCAGUCCCCUUACCCUUACCCUGCAGAAAGGCGCCUAGUGGUUGGAGCAGUGAGUGUUCCUGAAUUGACAAAUGUCCAGUUGCAGGCUCAAGAUUAUCCUGCACCGAACAUUAUGAAGACUCAAGUGUACCGCCCUCCUCCUCCUUAUCCUUAUCCCAGACCAGCUAACAGCACCCCAGAUCUGUCCCGACAUCUUUAUAUCAGCAGCAGCAACCCCGAUCUCAUCACCCGACGGGUCCACCACUCAGUCCAGACGUUUCAGGAGGACAGCUUGCCCGUUGCCCAUUCCCUCCAGGAAGUGAGUGAGCCCUUGACGUCAGCCCGCCAUGCUCAGCUGCAGAAGAGGAACAGUAUUGAGAUCGCUGGCCUGGCCCAUAGCUUUGAAGCCAUGAGGAUGAAAGAGAGGACCAUGUCGGCUUCUGCUGCAGAUGUGGUCCCGCCAAAGGUGGUUCCUGCUGGGUCACAGCCCGCUGUUUUCCUGGAGAGAACCAAACAAGAAGAAAAUGAAGAAACAGAAGAAAAUGUGAACUAUGGGCAUAAAAAGUCUCUUUCAGAUGCCACUAUGUUGAUCCACAGCAGCGAGGAAGAGGAGGAGUUUGAAGAAGAAAGCAAAGCAAAUCCAGCUCUUUCUCCAUUCACUGAUGGAAACACCCAGCUUCCUUCUAUCAUGGGUUGCUAUCCUCCUGAAUCCUUGCUGAACUACCCUUACAGUUCUGUUGCUUCCUCGCCUGGGCCUUUACAUAUACAUGAACCUAAAUUGCACAUUACUGAAACUGAGAAGAAGGUAAAAGAGGUGAGCCCCGUCCACGUCAUGGCUGACAUUGAAGUACAGAGGAGAGGAGAUGGGCUGUUGACUCCUUCUGUGUCCGAGUCAGACCUGACGAUGUCCACAAGGUACAGAGUGCGAAAGGAUUCCAUAAAGAAAAGACCUGUAUCUGAAUUACUUGCAGGGAAGAAGAACAUAGUAGAAGGAUUGCCUCCUUUAGGGCAGGUCAUGAAAAAGAACAGAGCCGAAACCAAAAAAAUAGGACCUUUGAAGUUAGCUGCUCUCAAUGGACUGACAUUAUCUCGGCAGCCGCUGCCAGAUGAGGGGAAGGAGGAACCUGCCAGAGCUACAAAUGAUGAACGGUGUAAAAGUUUGGAACAGCGGUUGGAACAAGGAAUGGUGUUUACAGAAUAUGAGCGCGUUCAGAAGAAGCGGCUUGUGGAUGGUGACUGCUCAAUAGCUCGUCUCCCAGAAAAUGCAGAGCGCAACAGGUUCCAAGAUGUGCUUCCGUAUGAUGACACCAGAGUAGAGCUAGUUCCAACAAAAGAAAACAAUACGGGUUAUAUUAAUGCUUCCCACAUUAAGGUCUGUGUUGGGGGAAUGGAGUGGGAUUAUAUUGCCACCCAAGGUCCUCUGCAGAAUACAUGCCAAGAUUUCUGGCAGAUGGUUUGGGAGCAAGGGAUUGCCAUUAUUGCUAUGGUGACAGCGGAAGAGGAGGGUGGCCGAGAGAAAAGUUUUCGAUACUGGCCCCGGCUUGGCUCAAGGCACAACACUGUGACAUACGGACGAUUUAAGAUUACCACCCGGUUCCGGACGGACUCUGGUUGCUAUGCAACAACAGGUUUAAAGAUCAAGCACCUCCUCACAGGGCAAGAGAGAACGGUGUGGCAUCUUCAGUACACUGACUGGCCAGAGCAUGGCUGUCCAGAGGACAUAAAAGGAUUUCUGUCAUACUUGGAAGAGAUCCAGUCAGUACGGCGCCAUACAAAUAGCACUGCAGAUCCAACAGCCCCCAACCCGCCCUUGCUGGUGCAUUGCAGUGCUGGUGUGGGACGAACGGGAGUGGUUAUCUUGUCGGAGGUCAUGAUUGCCUGUUUGGAACACAAUGAGCCCCUUGAUAUCCCCAGAAUGUUGGAUAUGUUGAGGCAACAGAGGAUGAUGAUGGUUCAGACCUUAUGCCAGUACACGUUUGUCUAUGGAGUUCUCAUUCAGUUCUUGAAAAGUUCAAGGCUUAUAUAAACCUCCUCCCUGCACCUCCUGGCUCGAUGUCCAAGACUCGUUCUUUGCAAGAGUUUACAAAAGCAGAAAUUUGCCUUCCACUGGAGCAGUCUUUUCUUGGCUUGGAAUGAAAAUGCUGAGUUCCAGUCCAGGAUCCACCAUAGUCAGUGUUUGCAGGGAUAAACUUUGAGAGGCCUCUUUCUUUGUGUGCAGUUGUGGCUGGAACAAAAAAAGAAUGAGUGUGGUUUCUGAAAAGAUACAAAUAUAUAUAUAUAUAUAUACUGUUACGCUGUAGUCAUUGUCUUCAAGACUGCGGUACUAAAGGCACUCUGUUCCGAUCAAGACAGCAUAGCACCUUGCUGAAAUUAAUGGAUGGCAUUCUUUUUUAUUCUAAUCUUAUAAAAUCCCACUUUCAAGAACCAGAGAGGAAAAAGCCCUGAAGCUGUAAUCCUCCAAAUGCAUUGUGUGGGGAUGCUGUUUGCCCUGCAGACACAAAAGGUCACAAAUGGCAAUCACUGUGCACACACACAUAUCUAUAUCUUUUUUAUAUAUAUGCACAGUGAUUGCCAUUUUUUAUAUAUAUAGUUUUGUAUUUAGUGGAGUUUGAAAAAAGUCUUCUAAAAACUACAAACAGCGCAGUCUUCUGCACAGUCCAUAUAGAGAAUAUAAGAGGGGGCUGAAGUCAUGUAAAAAGAAAGAGGAAGAAAUGGCAAGUGAUAAGGGGUUGUACAGGUUGAGGUGUCAUGAAAUAAACAAGAGUGAUGUCUUUCAGGAAAUGUAGUAGGUAAUACUGUGAGACAAAAAGCUGGGAAAAAUGAUUACAUUUAGCACUUCUUUUAUCACCAGAGUUAAAGAGAAGGGCAUCGUUGCCUAGAAUUCUAGGCUUAUAAAAGGAUGCUGAAGUAUUGCAGGAUGUUGUAUAGCUCUCCAGAGGUUUUUGAAGUUACCAACAUAUGAAGAGUAUCCUCAGUAUUUUUUGUUUAAUUUAGAAGACUGUUUACUAUUGCUGGUUGAAGUCAAAGUGGAUGCAAAUUAUAUUUAAGCACUAUAAUGGGUCUUAUUUCUCCAGGGAAACAUUUAAGUUGUACCAAUCUGUUGAACUAAUCAGCGUACUUGUUGUCAUUUAGCUAAUUAACUCACUAAACACACACACACACACACACACACACAUGCAUACAGUACAUAUAUGGAUAAGCUUUUUAUAAUGAGAUGGGUUUGGUUUUCAAGUAGGGCCUUGCUGAGAGGUGGUGAGGGAAGCUGUAUGUGAGUCAGAAGAGUGCAGUUGUGGUGAUGGGUUUGUCUGUUUCAGCAGAGAGUCUGCAGUAUUGCUAUACAGUAUUUUGCUUAUACAAUUGGACCAGUAUCUGCUAGGGAUUGGUUCCAAGUCCCCUGCCCGAGAUACUGGAAAUAAUGGAUAUGCAAACUGUCUCUAUGGUAUAGUCUCUGGUUCCCUCUAGGGGCCAGUUCUGAUAAUACAUCUUUUGAAAUUUGCAUUUCUGGGUUUUUUUAAAACUUAGUAUUUUCAGGCAGUGGAUAAGUGAAACCACGGGUGCUGAUCCAGCAGUUACAGUGGUCCUACUGUAUUUCCCUGUCAUUCACUGAUUCAUUGACUCAUUCACUGAUCCAUUCAUUCAUAUCAGGAAGUUCAGAGAAUUGUAUUUCCAUGUAUCCUUUGGACCUAUUUCCUUCCUUUCCUGGGUGGCAUCUGUAGAAGUAGUCCCUCCAGUAGUGGUCAGAUAAGAUUAGGAAGUGCAGAAUGUGAGACAUCUGCCCACUUCCUUAUGACCAGAAAUGGAGUUGUUUAAAAAGUGUUGGUCAUCUGCAAGCACUUAAGACACAGCACUACGUACCUUGCAGUGUCUGUGAAUAUCACAAAGAUU